UUUUUGUGGUUCGUUCUUUCAUUGAAGUGUUUCGAGAGUUUGCGCUUUGAAAAACUGAUUUUAAAUAUCAUUUCUUGAACUUAGAGAAGAUAUUUUAAUAGCUUAGGUAUCAAUUGGGAAGGUUUUAUCUCUGUGCGCCAUUAUGGCGAAACUAGAUUUUUAUCAUUAUUUAAAAACUUUGUUCAGUAUUUCUCUUGUUGCUAUUCUCUAUUGUUCCGUUUUUGUUCAAAGCAGCAACCAAGAUCUAGAGGGUUUUACGAGGUGGUUGAACGACCACGGUAGCAAAUUUCGUUGUGAUUUUGUCGGCAAAAGCGAAGGCAAUGUUUUAAAAGAGGUUGAAGUCCAAGCAGAUCGUAGAAUACAUGAUGGAGAAUCUGUCUUUAUGGUUCCACAGUCGUUACUUAUUAAUUCCACGGUCGUCGAUAGCUCCCCUCUAGGUCCAAGUUUGGACUUAGUGUCCCUAACGGAGCCCAUUAUAUCUCAUGAAAAGGACCUGGAGAAACAAAACAUUCUGCACAUCGCUCAGCUGUCACUGUUUAUACUUUAUGGAGUUCACACUAAAGACGAAAUGUGGUUGCCUUAUUUCAAGCUUUUAAUGAUGAAAGAGAGGAACUGUGAUGUUCUCUGGAUGUGGAAUGACAAUGAACUGGAAGAGUUAGAAGAUAUUGCUUUGAUGAAAAGAGUCCAGAAAUGGAGAGAAGAAAUACACAUGUUGGCCACAAAUAUUGCUCCCAAACUGCAAGCCAUGGGAGUAUUUACCUCUGAAAUACAGGAGGAUGACAUUAAAAAUGCAAUGUGCAUUGCUCAGUCUAGUAGCUUCAAUAUAACCAGUGCUUCUGGACAGCCAGUCAGAACUUUGAUACCUGGCUUGAACUUCUUCAGAAUGAACCCCACUGUCAAGAGCUCCUGGUGGGUCAAAGACGGCGUUCUACGAUACAGAUACAACAAAAAUCCCAUUGAAAAAGGCGAUCAAGUGUUUGUCAAUCUAAGUCCUUCUGGUGAUAGCACACAAACAUUGUUCGAGUACGGUGUAUUUGUUGUUGAUGGAAGCAAGUUCCUGAUUCACUUACGAGAACCAAACAGCAGGCUUAGAAGACGUUUCAUGGCACACCUCAAGAUCCGCAAGAAGAUGAAGCUGACCGAGAAGUUUUUCUUCAGGUUGGCAGGCCUACCUUACUUCCGUGUACAAGCAUUAUCUGAGCUACAAAUUGAAAACCUAAUGAAGGACGUUGCUGAAAACCAAACACGGCUUCUUGAAGUAAAAGAAGCCAUUUCGAGCUACACUAUUCACUCAAAAAACGUCCCUGAUUUUUCAUGCAAAGAUGAGGUAGUUGCUUUAAAUACGAUGGCGGUGCAUUUUCGAGACAUGCUUAGUGAAAAAUCUUCCAGUAUUUCUGAAGAUGAAAAGCUAAUCACAAAAUCCACGAAUUUCAACAGGCUUAGCUUAGCUAUUGCCUAUAGACUGCGAUUUAAGAAGCUAGUCACUAAUGCUUUGGACAUGACGAGCGCAAGUUCUGUAGAAACAAAAAGAGAGUGUCUAAGCCAACCCAAAGAUGAGCUAUAAACUUCUUUCGUUUCAUAAAAUUGGGAACUUACCUCAAAAUAAACCUAUUUAUUUUGUGGGGAAAAACUGAUUUGUUUAUCAAAAUAGUAUUUAUUGAUAGUAGCUUUAUAAAUAAGAUUAUUGUAAUAAAUGUUAAAUAUGAAUUUAAAA